AUGGCUCUGCCUCAGGACCCAGCCGUGGCCUCUAACCUCUCUGCCAGGGCAAUGCCAGUGGAGGACGGGCCCCGGGCCCCUCCAGCCAUACCCACGGACCCAACAGACCCAUCAGGGGUGACAGCAGAGAUCACCAGAGAGCAGCCUGUGCAAUCGUCAGUGCUAGCUAAUGCCUCCUCCUUAGCCUCCUCCUCAGCCAUCAACAGUGACAAUCAAACAGCAGGAACAACAGACCCUUUGUCUUUAGCCCCUGUAACCAACAGCACCUCAAACACCAGCCCAGGUAGGACACAUCAUCAAACAAUAAUCCACCCCAUGUUGUUGUAGAAGAAAAAAUACAAUAAUAAUGUUGUGUACGUACAUACAGCCUCAUGACUGUUGUUAGUGUCUCUACACACUAGAGAGACUUUGGUUUCUUGUCAUCAUCAUCAUCAUCAUCAUCAUCAUCAUUAUGCUCUGCACCUUCAUUCCCUCAAAAUCCCAUUUUAUUUUGGUCCAGCUCAGUCCCACAUUACCCUGCUCCAUCCCCUCCAUCAUCUUCUUCCCAAUGCCUGCUGCCUCUCCAGGUCUGACCUCAUCCUCACAUUAUGGGACAUCAUCCAAAUGGGAAAUAUUUCACCUGAUAUGACCUGAUUUUGCAUCAUUUAAACACUGCUCCUUCUUUCAUUGCAGAGGAGGCGGACAGCAAUUUGCCUGCGAACCCAGAUUUGCCUACAGUCCCAGUGUCCUCUCUGGCCACACUGGGGGAGAGCGACGCCACCCUCCCAGACAAUGUGACUAGUCCUUUCUCGACUCACACAUGGAACUCCACUACACCUGCAAGGGCUGACACCAACACCACUACACCAUCCACCACAGCAGCACACACCAACCCAACGCCAGACACUGUGACCAAUGAUAGUCUACAGCUUACGACUGUGACCACCACGACCAUAACGCCCCUGACCGUGACCACCGCAACUGUGACACCCCAUACCACGACAGCUUCGACCACAGAGGCUGUUACGACCACGACGUGGACCACUACGACCAGACAGGAAAUGACCACCCUCCAAGAGACCACAGUGAUGGCAACCACAACUGACCAACCCACCACCACAACCACUACUGCUCCCACUAUCACAACCACAACCGCUCCCACUACAACUACAACUGCACCGACUACCACUUUGACCAUCCCCACCACCACAAAAGGAACAACCCCUGGACCGACCACAACUGAACCUCCCCCCACCAGUCCUGAAGAGGAGCGUCUACCAUGUAACAUCACUGAGAAGACCUGGGUCAAAACAGGUACAGUAUGGGCUCUCAAUCUGUUUAGCCCAAAAAAAUAAAAAAGAUUUGAGAUGUCACAGUAUGAUUACAUCCCUAAUAAAGACCCUCAUAAUUUGUUUUAUAUCUGUUUGCUUUCCUCCACAGUUUUGUCCAUGCAGUUGUGGAGGAACAGGCUUGAUAUCAUCACGAGGCAGAAUCUGUCUAAAGGACUCACCCAUGCUCUACAGAGGGCCUUCAAUGACACCAAUGUUUAUGUCCAGGUCCGUAUUAUUCUCUGUGUUAGGAUGCUGUUACUGCUGCACUGUAACUGGAGAAGAAAGUCUACUACAUCAAAUACAGUAUGUGCCAUAGUCCUGUUUAAAUGUUGAUCAUCCAUCUUCACGUUGUUGGAAAAGGAUUUCACAUUAGUUACAGUUGCUGGCUAUUCACAGCACAGUAUGGUUAAUCAUCUCUGGAUGGCCAGUUCUAGGAACUAUAGUGAGUGUAUUUACUUAUUCUGGCUCCCCUCUUAGCCAUGGGGUACAAUCUCUCACUUUGAUAGCAGAGGAGACUGAAGUGCCUAACGGUGAAAGGAUUUCAAUAUGAUGAUAAAUGGCAUCUUGAAUUGUGAAUAGGCUUUGCUUUAUAGAGGUUGUUAACAGUAUGUGAAGAGAAUAGCUCUUUAUUGACCCUACCAGCUGAAUGACUAAAACCUAUCAUUACCAGCGUUUCCUCUUCAGACAUGUCCAUUAUUCAUAUGUUCUCUGUGUUACUCUGUCUUUCUAUUUUACACUCAGUCCUUCUUGGUCUCAUUCCUCCCUGUCUUGGUCUCUCUCUGUCUCUGUCUCUGUCUCUGUCUCUCUCCACACUCUCUCUCCUCGCUCUCUCUCUCCCUCUCUCUCUCUCUCUCUCUCUCUCUUCUCUCUCUCUCUCUCUCUCACUACUCUCCCUGUCUGUUGGUGUCUUUCCCCUGUUCCCUCUCUACCUGUCUCUGUCUGUCUGUCGGUCUUGUCUGUCUGUCCUGUCUGUACUGCCUGCCUGGCCUGCCUGUCCUUGCCUGCUCUGUCCUGCCUCUCUCUCCUCUCUCUCUCUCUCUCUCUCUCUCUCUCUCUCUCUCUCUCUCUCCUCUCUCCAUCUCUCUCUCGCUCUCUCUCUCUCUCUCUCUCUCUCUCUCUCUCUCUCUCUCUCCUCUCUCUCUCUCUCUCUCUCUCUGAUGUCUGAUUCAGUUUAAGUCCAUUGAUUUCCUACCUGUGCUGUCUGUCUGUCUAUCUGUCUGCCAGAGGUGUGAUUCAGUGGUUACUACUCAAUCCCAGUCCUCUUCUCCUCUCCCCAUCAGAACCCAUGUAUUAUUACUGAGCCCGGAAGUGAUCAGCAGGAAACAACACAAACACAAGCUGCAUAGUUAUGUGUCUGGGGGUUGCAGCUAACACAUACAGUGAGGGAAAAAAGUAUUUGAUCCCCUGCUGAUUUUGUAUGUUUGCCCACUGACAAAGACAUGAUCAGUCUAUAAUUUUAAUGGUAGGUUUAUUUGAACAGUGAGAGACAGAAUAACAACAACAAAAAUCCAGAAAAACGCAUUUCAAAAAUGUUAUAAAUUGAUUUGCAUUUUAAUGAGGGAAAUAAGUAUUUGACCCCUCUGCAAAACAUGACUUAGUACUUGGUGGCAAAACCCUUGUUGGCAAUCACAGAGGUCAGACGUUUCUUGUAGUUGGCCACCAGGUUUGCACACAUCUCAGGAGGGAUUUUGUCCCACUCCUCUUUGCAGAUCUUCUCCAAGUCAUUAAGGUUUCGAGGCUGACGUUUGGCAACUCGAACCUUCAGCUCCCUCCACAGAUUUUCUAUGGGAUUAAGGUCUGGAGACUGGCUAGGCCACUCCAGGACCUUAAUUUGCUUCUUCUUGAGCCACUCCUUUGUUGCCUUGGUCGUGUGUUUUGGGUCAUUGUCAUGCUGGAAUACCCAUCCACGACCCAUUUUCAAUGCCCUGGCUGAGGGAAGGAGGUUCUCACCCAAGAUUUGACGAUACAUGGCCCCGUCCAUCGUCCCUUUGAUGCGGUGAAUUUGUCCUGUCCCCUUAGCAGAAAAACACCCCCAAAGCAUAAUGUUUCCACCUCCAUGCUUGAUGGUGGGGAUGGUGUUCUUGGGGUCAUAGGCAGCAUUCCUCCUCCUCCAAACACGGUGAGUUGAGUUGAUGCCAAAGAGCUCGAUUUUGGUCUCAUCUGACCACAACACUUUCACCCAGUUCUCCUCUGAAUCAUUCAGAUGUUCAUUGGCAAACUUGGCCCUGUAUAUGUGUUUUCUUGAGCAGGGGGACCUUGCGGGCGCUGCAUGAUUUCAGUCCUUCACGGCGUAGUGUGUUACCAAUUGUUUUCUUGGUGACUAUGGUCCCAGCUGCCUUGAGAUCAUUGACAAGAUCCUCCCGUGUAGUUCUGGGCUGAUUCCUCACCAUUCUCAUGAUCAUUGCAACUCCACGAGGUGAGAUCUUGCAUGGAGCCCCAGGCCGAGGGAGAUUGACCGUUCUUUUGGUGUUUCUUCCAUUUGUGAAUAAUCGCACCAACUGUUGUCACCUUCUCACCAAGCUGCUUGGCGAUGGUCUUGUAGCCCAUUCCAGCCUUGUGUAGGUCUACAAUCUUGUCCCUGACAUCCUUGGAGAGCUCUUUGGUCUUGGCCAUGGUGGAGAGUUUGGAAUCUGAUUGAUUGAUUGCUUCUGUGGACAGGUGUCUUUUAUACAGGUAACAAGCUGAGAGUGUGCUCCUAAACUCAGCUUGUUACCUGUAUAAAAGACACCUGGGAGCCAGAAAUCUUUCUGAUUGAGAGGGGGUCAAAUACUUAUUUCCCUCAUUAAAAUGCAAAUCAAUUUAUAACAUUUUAAUGCGUUUUUCUGGAUUUUGUUGUUGUUAUUCUGUCUCUCACUGUUGAAAUAAACCUACCAUUAAAAUUAUAGACUGAUCAUUUCUUUGUCAGUGGACAAAUGUACAAAAUCAGCAGGAGAUCAAAUAUUUUUUUCCCUCACUGUACUGAUGGAGACUGGAGAGGAGUGGGUGGUACUACAUAGGGCCAGAAACACUAGCCUUGACCCACUGCAAUUGUGUUGGGUGUUAGCGAUAGCAAUCAAGAUACAUUUUCUCUUCUCAGGUUGAACGUGACCUCUGCAGCCCUCAUAAUGUCACUCUUGGGUACUAUGUAGCCAGUGGGAAAACGGUCUACAUAGCAUCUGUGGUGGUGGAGACAAUGAAUGCCUAUGGCUUGGACAAAGUGCUGGCAGACAUCCGGCAGCACAGUCCUAUGGUGAAGGCUGUUCUGGUCCCUGUAGCACCCUGGACCCCCAGCCUCAGUGUCCAUCUGCAGCUCAAAACAGGUGAGGCCCAAUAGGAACAACACUCCACAACAACACAUCCAACACAGUAACACUGCUGGAUGAUGUGACCGUGAUUGUAGAACAUGUUGUACUGUGCUCUUAUGUACUGUAACUGAAUGUACUAUACUGGUAUAUUGAUUGUUGCUCUGCAUUUUUUAGUUCUCAGGUUCGUAGGCCAAGCGGACAACAUAAACUCCUGCAGUUUUGUUCAAAUGAUGGAACAACGGCUGGAGAAUGCAUUUGAGGAAGCUCAGGACAAAGUGCUGGAAUCUUACAGCAGGAUUUCUGUUGAGGUAUGUUUAUGACUUAGGGCCAUAUUCAAUCACACACAAUUAGCAUACAUGUUUAGAGGGUUGUAUUUACUGAAACAUAUCUGAUAAGAGAAUGGCGCCGGAGGAGAUGGCUGCCGUUUUACGGCCCCCUAACCAAUUGUUCUAUUAUGUGUGUUUUUUCGCAUUAUUUGUCAUUUAUUCUGUACAUAAUGUUUCUGUUACCAUCCAAAAAGAGCUUCUGGAUAUCAGGACAGCGAUUACUCAUCUCGUAUUGGACAAAUAUUUUUUCUUUAACGAGUCGCAAGCAAAAUAUAUUCUGCAGACACCCGACAAGGCCCAAAUCCCCAUAAUUCGCAUUAGAAAGAGACGGAGAUAUCGUAGACAUAGGUCGGGGUGCCUUGUAAGGAUCCGACGGCGAGCGAGGAAUCUGCCUCUUCCAUCAGUCCUAUUAGCCAACGUACAAUCAUUGGAAAACAAAAUGGACAACCUACGAUCACAGAUAUCCUACCAACCAAAACUGUAAUAUCUUAUGUUUCACCGAGUCGUGAAUGAACGACGACAUGGAUAACAUACAGCUGGCGGGAUAUACGCUACAUCGGCAGGAUAGAACGGCUGACUCCGGUAAGACAAGGGGUGACAGUGUGUGUAUAUUGGUAAACAACAGCUGGUGCACGAAAUCUAAUAUUAAGGAAGUCUCAAGGUUUUGCUCGUCUGAGGUAGAGUAUCUCAUAAUAAGCUGUAGACCACACUACUUACCAAGAGAGUUUUUAUCUAUAUUUUUCAUAGCUGUCUAUUUACCACCACAAACCGAUGCUGGCACUAAGAUUGCACUCAAUGAGCUGUAUAAAGCCAUAAGCAAACAGGAAAACGCUUAUCCAGAGGCAGCGCUCCUAGUGGCCGGGGACUUUAAUGCAGGGAAACGUAAAUCCGUUCUACCUAAUUUCUACCAGAUUGUUAAAUGUGCAACCAGAGGAAAAAAAACUCUAGACCACCUUUACUCCACACACAGAGACGCAUACAAAGCUCUCCCUCGCCCUCCAUUUGGCAAAUCUGACCAUAAUUCUAUCCUCCUGAUUCCUGCUUAUAAGCAAAAACUAAAGCAGGAAGCACCAGUGACUCGGUUAAUAAGGAAAUGGUCAGAUGACGCAGAUGCUAAGCUACAGGACUGUUUUGCUAGGACAGACUGGAAUAUGUUCCGGGAUUCUUCCAAUGGCAUUGAGGAGUACACCACAUCAGUCAAUGGGUUCAUCAAUAAGUGCAUCGAUGACGUCGUCCCCACAGUGCCUGUACGUACAUACCCCAACCAGAAGCCAUGGAUUACAGGCAACAUCCGCACUAUAAGAAAUCCUGCUAUGCCUUCCGAUGAACCAUCAAACAGGCAAAGAGUCAAUACAGGACCAAGAUUUAAUCGUACUACACCGGCUCCGACGCUCGUCGGAUAUGGCAGGGCUUGCAAACUAUUACAGACUACAAAGGGAAGCACAGCUGCGAGCUGCCCAGUGACACAAGCCUACCAGAAGAGCUUAAUCACUUCUAUGCUCGCUUUGAGGCAAGCAAUACUGAAACAUGCAUGAGAGCAUCAGCUGUUCCGGAUGACUAUGUGAUCAUGCUCUCCAUAGCCGAUGUGAGUAAGACUUUUAAGCAGGUCAACGUUCACAAGGCCGCAGGGCCAGACAGAUUACCAGGACGCGUACUCCGAGCAUGCGCUGACCAACUGGCAAGGUGGUCCCAAAAGAUCCACAGAUGAUGCUAUCUCUAUUGCACUACACACUGCCCUUUCCCACCUGGACAAGAAGAACACCUAUGUGAGAAUGCUAUUAAUUGACUCCAGCUCAGCGUUCAACACCAUUGUGCCCUCAAAGCUCAUCACUAAGCUAAGGACCCUGGGACAAAACACCUCCUUCUGCAACUGGAUCCUGGACUUCAUGACGGGCCGCCCCCCAGGUGGUAAGGGUCCGUAACAACACAUCUGCCAUGCUGAUACUCAACAUGGGGGCCCUUCAGGGGUGCGUGCUCAGUCCCCACCUGUACUCCCUGUUCACUCAUGACUGCAUGGCCAGGCACGACUCCAACACCAUCAUUAAGUUUGCCGCCGACACAACAGUGGUAGGCCUGAUCACCGACAACGAUGAGACAGCCUAUAGGGAGGAGGUCAGAGACCUGGCCGUGUGGUGCCAGGAUAACAACCUCUCCCUCAAUGUGAUCAAGACAAAGGAGAUGAUUGUGGACUACAGGAAAAAAAAAAGGACUGAGCACGCCCCCACUCUCAUCGACAGGGCUGUAGUGGAACAGGUUGAGAGCUUCAAGUUCCUUGGUGUCCACAUCACCAACAAACUAUCAUGGUCCAAACACACCAAGACAGUCGUGAAGAGGGCAUGACAAAGCCUAUUCCCCAUCAGGAGAUUGAAAAUAUUUGGUAAUGGUCCUCAGAUCCUCAAAAAGUUCUACAGCUGCACCAUCGAGAGCAUCCUGACUGGUUGCAUCACUGCCUGGUAUGGCAACUGCUCAGCCUCUGACCGCAAGGCAUUACAGAGGGUAGUGCAUACGGCCCAGUACAUCACUGGGGCCAAGCUUCCUGCCAUCCAGGACCUCUAUAACAGACGGUGUCAGAGGAAGGGCCUAAAAAUUGUCAAAGACUCCAGCCACCCUAGUCAUAGACUGUUCUCUCUGCUACCGAAUGGUAAGCGGUACCAGAGCGCCAAGUCUAUGUCCAAAAGGCUUCUUAACAGCUUCUACCCCCAAGCCAUAAGACUCCUGAACAGCUAAUCAUGACUACCCGGACUAUUUGCAUUAUCCACCCCACCCCACCCCACCCCCUCUUUUACGCUGCUGCUACUCUCUGUUUAUUAUCUAUGCAUAGUCACUUUAACUCUAUCCACAUGUACAUAUUACCUCAAUUACCUCAACUAACCUGUGCCCCCGCACAGUUACUCUGUACCGGUACCCCCUGUACAUAGCCUCCCUACUGUUAUUAUAUUUUACUGCUGCUCUUUAAUUAUUUUAAUUUUAAUUUUUACUUAUCUAUUUUUACUUAACACUUGUUUUUCUUAAAGUUACAUUGUUGGUUAAGGGCUUGUAAGCAAGCAUUUCACUGUAGGUCUACACCUGUUGUAUUCGGCGCAUGUAGAACAUUUGAUUUGAUUUGAUUUGAUUUUAACAUCCUUGUCUGUGUUUGUCCAGAUCCAGAGCGCCUCCCAGGUGAUUGGCUCUCCUGCCGUGUCUCUGGUCUAUGUGGUCAAGAAUGAGAACACGGUGCUGAACGGAACCGUCUCCAGCGGUCUCCUGAACCAGCUGACCGCAGAGCUGGUGGGCUACUUUCUCUUCUUCCCCCCACUCGUCAUCGCUGAGCGUAAGUACCCCAGGGCAUCAUGGGAAGGGUUUGCGUGUCAGAUUUUUCCAGUGGCGUUUUCUUCUAGUUUUCUUCAUUUUUAUACAUGAAUAUUGAUGUCAUAUUUCCACUGAGUGUUGUCCUUUAGUGAUAGCUUAUGUUUGUGUGUUUGUAAGUGUGUGGUCUGAAUACGAAAAUAUGAAUGACGUCUUUAUUUCAUUAUACCACCAGGGUACUGAUAAUUAGAUGUUGAACUAAUUGACAAAGGAGACGUUAUGGUCCAAUAUCAUGUUGUGCAGAGGAGAGGAGGCUGACUAGUUCACUUCAUGCUAAACUGCAAUCAUUUGCGUCACCUUCUGGGUGUUUCUUCAGAGAAUGGAUAAUUUGAGCAUGUAGGGAAGAUCAAAUAAUAUUAUAUUUAUACAUUGAGUAUACAAAACAUUAGGAACACCUGCUCUUUCCAUGGCAUAGACUGACCAGGUGAAUCCAGGUGAAAGCUAUGAUCCCUUAUUGAUGUCACUUAUUAAAUCCACCAAUCAGUGUAGAUGAUGGGGAGGAGAAAGAUUAAAGAAGGAUUUUUAAGCCUUGAAGCUAUUGAGACAUGGAUUGUGUAUGUAUGCCAUUCAGAGGUUUAAUGGGAAGACAACAUAUUUAAGUGUCUUUGAAUGGGAUAGGUGCCAGGCACACCGGUUUGAGUGUGUCAAGAACUGCAACGCUGCUGGGUUUGUCACGUUCAACUGUUUCCUGUGUGUAUCAAGAAUGGUCCACCACCCAAAGGACAUCCAGCCAACUUGACACAACUGUGGGAAGCAUUGGAGUCAACAUGGGCCAGCAUCCCUGUGGAACGCUUUCGACACCUUGUAGAGUCCAUGCUCCAACGAAUUGAAGGCAAAAGGGGGUGCAACUCAAUAGUAGGAAGGUGUUCCUAAUGUUUUGUACACUCAAUGUAUUUACACUAGCUCAGGAUUUCAUCUCAUGCUGUCGAAAUGAACCCUUCAAAUCAAAUCAAAUCACGCUUUAUUUAUACAGCACAUUUCCGACAUGGAAUGCAACGCAAUGUGCUUUACAGGAAAAAACUAUGUAAAUAAAAGCUGCAAUAUCUACUACAAAAUAAACAUAUGAUCAAAAACAAAAGCAUUACACAAACUGAACAACUAAAAAGCACCCUUAGGAAAAGCAAAGCUAAAAAGAUGUGUCUUAAGAUCUCUUUUAAAUAUGUCCACAGUUUCGGCCCCCCUCAGGUUCUCUGGCAGGCUAUUCCAGAGGAUGGGGUCAUAAUAACUAAAGGCUGCCUCUCCAUGCCUCUUGGUCCUAGGCUUUGGGAUAGUUAAAAUGCCAGUGCCAGAGGACCUGAGGGACCUACUGGGUACAUAACUUAAAAGCAUGGCUGACAUGUAUUGGGGUGCACAAUCAUGGAUUGAUUUAUAAACCAAUAGAAUAAUCUUAAAAUUAAUUCUAAAACUCACAGGCAGCCAGUGCAGAGACCUUAAAUCCGGUGUAAUGUGGGCUCGCUGUCUGGUCUUGGUCAGUACCCAUGCUGCAGCAUUCUGUAUGUUUUACAGUUGACCAAUGGCUUUCUUGGGUAGACCAGACAGGAGAGCAUUACAAUAGUCAAACUCAAGCCAGCUUGAAAUAAAAGCAUGGAUGAGUCUCUCUGUAUCAGCCUUAGAGAGAAUUGGCUGCACCUUGUCAAUGUUCCUCAAGUGAUAAAAAGCUAUUUUGGUCACAUUCCUAAUGUGUGAUUGGAAAUUUUGUUCAGAAUCUAAAAUAACACGUUGGUUUUUAACCUGGUGUUAUAUCUUUAUUAUUGAAUUAAAAUGUGCGGCUAGAUUCUCUCUCUGUACUUUGGCUCCAACAAUAAGUACCUCAGUCUUGUCUUGAUUUAGCUGGAGGAAGUUGUGAGCCAUACAAGUAUUUAAAUCACUUAUACAGUAUAAUCAUUUAUCUGUGGAGCUAAAGUCCUCUAGUGACACAGAAAUGUAAAGUUAUGUAUCGUCUGCGUAGCUGUGAAAAUCAAUUCUGUGCUUUCUGAUAACGCUGCCAAGGGGUAACAUACAUUAUAUAAACUGAACAGUACCGGACCCAAAAUCGAACCUUGUGGAAUGGCACAUUUGAUAUGUAUUUUCUCUCAGAUCAUUUACCACUUUAACUAAGGCUGUCUAUGUACUGUGGUGGGCACAAAACCAGAUUGGAAUUUUUCAAAAAUACAGUUGGCACUUAAAAAAAUAUUUAGCUGUUUGAAUACCAAUUAAUAAUGGAAGGUUGGAGAUUGGCCGAAAAUUGCUUCAGAAGGGGUUUCACCAUAGCAGUUUUUAGUGCAGUGGAGAAAGUGCCUGUGAACAGGGACUGAUUAACAAUAGCUUGCACUUCUUCAGAUAUGCAAUUAAAAACUAUUUUGACGAAGGUGGUGGGGAUAGGGUUGAGAAGGCUUAAGUUGUGAUAUCACUUUCCUUAAGCAUGUCUGUGUCAACCAGGGAAAAUAAAUCCAUAGUGCCUUUGCUUGGUAGCCUAGGGAAUAUAUCAUCAAACUUCUCAUCGGGUCUUGCUUGACCCAGCCUAAUGUUGGUUAUCUUAUCUCUGAAAUAUGCCACAAACUGCUGGGGUAGGAUUUACCAGGCCAUCAAUGGUCGAGAAGAGCACUUUCAAAGAAUUAUGAUUAAGUUAGAAAAAUUUGCCCGUCUGGCAUUUCUAAUUGCCAAGUUUCACUCUCAGAAUAUCAUAAUGGACCUGCAACUUUGACCCUUACCAUUUGAAUAUUCAAGGCUCGCACAGUUUCAAACAGAGCGUUAGGAGGGUUAAGGUGCAUCUGCAAAGUCAGAGACAACAUCCCUGCUGGCCUCCAGCCAGCUGCAUAAUGGGACAGAAAAGGUGGAAUUUAUCAGGCAUGCAGCCUGGCGCACUAUACUAAUCAGCUGUCUUCUCUGUUAGGGUUGGCCGGUAUCCAGGUUUUUAUACUGUCAUACCAUUUCUGUACAAUACUGGGGUAUACUGUAUUACCGAAUGUGAACACAAGGUGUAUAAAAUAAAUAAUGAAACAAAAUAUAUACAGUAUAUAUAUACAGUACCAGUCAAAACUUUGGCCACACCUACUCAUUCCAGGGUUUUUCUUUGUUUUUACUAUUUUCUACAUUGUGGAAUAAUAGUGAAGACAUCAAAACUAAGAAAUAACACAUGGAAUCAUGUAGUAACCAAAAAAGUGUUAAACAUAUAAAAUAUAUUUUAAGUUUGAGAUUCUUCAAAGUAGCCACCCUUUGCCUUGAUGACAGUUUUGUACACUCUUGGAAUUCUCUCAACCAGCUUCAUGAGGUAGUCACCUGGAAUGCAUUUCAAAUAACAGGUGUGCCUUGUUAAAAGUACAUUUGUGGAAUUUCUUUCCUUCUUAAUGUGUUUGAGCCAAUCAGUUGUGUUGUGACAAGGUAGGGGUGGAAUACAGAAGAUAACUCUAUUUGGUAAAAGACCAAGUCAAUAUUAUGGCAAGAACAGCUCAAAUAAGCAAAGAGAAACGACAGUCCAUCAUUACUUUAAGACAUGAAGGUCAGUCAAUAUGGAACAUUUCAAGAACUUUGAAAUUUUCUUCAAGUGCAGUUGCAAAAACCAUCAAUCUCUAUGAUGAAACUGGCUCUCAUGAGGACCGCCACAGGAAAGGAAAACCCAGAGUUACCUCUGCUGCAGAGGAUAAGUUCAUUAGAGUUACCAGCCUCAGAAAUUGCAGCCCAAAUAAAUGCUUCACAGAGUUCAAGUAACAGACACAUCUCAACAUCAACUGUUCAGAGGAGACUGUGUGAAUCAGGCCUUCAUGGUCGAAUUGCUGCAAAGAAACCACUACUAAAGGACACCAAGAAGAAGAAUCUGUCCUUCGGUCUGAUGAUCUGAGAUUCUUGGUUCCAACCGUCGUGUCUUUGUGAGACGCAGAGUACGUGAACGGAUUAUCUCCGCAUGUGUGGUUCCCACCGUGAAGCAUGGAGGAGGAGGUGUGAUGUUGUGGGGGUGCUUUGCUGGUGACACUGUCUGUGAUUUAUUUAGAAUUCAAGGAACACUUAACCAGCAUUCUGCAGUGAUACGCCAUCCCAUCUGGUUUGCUCUUAGUGGGACUAUCAUUUGUUUUUCAACAGGACAAUGACCCAACACACCUCCAGGCUGUGUAAGGGCUAUUUGACGAAGAAGGAGAGUGAUGGAGUGCUGCAUCAGAUGACCUGGCCUCCACAAUCACCCGACCGCAACCCAAUUGAGAUGGUUUGGGAUGAGUUGGACGCAGAGUGAAGGAAAAGCAGCCAACACAUGCUCAGCAUAUGUGGGAAUUCCUUCAAGACUGUUGGAAAAGCAUUCAAGGUGAAGCUGGUUGAGAGAAUGCCAGGAGUGUGCAAAGCUGUCAUCAAGGCAAAGGGUGGCUACUUUGAAGAAUCUCAAAUAUAAAAUAUAUUUUGAUUUGUUUAACACUUUUUUGGUUACUACAUGAUUCCAUGUGUGUUAUUUCAUAGUUUUGAUGUCUUCACUAUUAUUCUACAAUGUAGAAAAUAGUAAAACUAAAGAAAAACCCUUAAAUGAGUAUGUGUGUCCAAACUUUUGACUGGUACUGAAUAUAUAUAUAUAUACAGUGGGGAAAAAAAGUAUUUAGUCAGCCACCAAUUGUGCAAGUUCUCCCACUUAAAAAGAUGAGAGAGGCCUGUAAUUUUCAUCAUAGGUACACGUCAACUAUGACAGACAAAAUGAGAAAAAAAAAUCCAGAAAAUCACAUUGUAGGAUUUUUAAUGAAUUUAUUGGCAUAUGAUGGUGGAAAAUAAGUAUUUGGUCAAUAACAAAAGUUUCUCAAUACUUUGUUAUAUACCCUUUGUUGGCAAUGACACAGGUCAAACAUUUUCUGUAAGUCUUCACAAGGUUUUCACACACUGUUGCUGGUAUUUUGGCCCAUUCCUCCAUGCAGAUCUCCUCUAGAGCAGUGAUGUUUUGGGGCUGUCGCUGGGCAACACAGACUUUCAACUCCCUCCAAAGAUUUUCUAUGGGGUUGAGAUCUGGAGACUGGCUAGGCCACUCCAGGACCUUGAAAUGCUUCUUACGAAGCCACUCCUUCGUUGCCCGGGCGGUGUGUUUGGGAUCAUUGUCAUGCUGAAAGACCCAGCCACGUUUCAUCUUCAAUGCCCUUGCUGAUGGAAGGAGGGUUUCACUCAAAAUCUCACGAUACAUGGCCCCAUUCAUUCUUUCCUUUACACGGAUCAGUCGUCCUGGUCCCUUUGCAGAAAAACAGCCCCAAAGCAUGAUGUUUCCAACCCCAUGCUUCACAGUAGGUAUGGUGUUCUUUGGAUGCAACUCAGCAUUCUUUGUCCUCCAAACAUGACGAGUUGAGUUUUUACCAAAAAUUUAUAUUUUGGUUUCAUCUGACCAUAUGACAUUCUCCCAAUCCUCUUCUGGAUCAUCCAAAUGCACUUCAGACGGGCCUGGACAUGUACUGGCUUAAGCAGGGGGACACGUCUGGCACUGCAGGAUUUGAGUCCCUGGCGGCGUAGUGUGUUACUGAUGGUUGGCUUUGUUACUUUGGUCCCAGCUCUCUGCAGGUCAUUCUCUAGGUCCCCCCGUGUGGUUCUGGGAUUUUUGCUCACCGUUCUUGUGAUCAUUUUGACCCCACGGGGUGAGAUCUUGCGUGGAGCCCCAGAUCGAGGGAGAUUAUCAGUGGUCUUGUAUGUCUUCCAUUUCCUAAUAAUUGCUCCCACAGUUGAUUUCUUCAAACCAAGCUGCUUACCUAUUGCAGAUUCAGUCUUCCCAGCCUGGUGCAGGUCUACAAUUUUGUUUUUGGUGUCCUUUGACAGCUCUUUGGUCUUGGCCAUUGGGAAGUUUGGAGUGUGACUGUUUGAGGUUGUGGACAGGUGUCUUUUAUACUGAUAACAAGUUCAAACAGGUGCCAUUAAUACAGGUAACGAGUGGAGGACAGAGGAGCCUCUUAAAGAAGUUGUUACAGGUCUGUGAGAGCCAGAAAUCUUGCUUGUUUGUAGGUGACCAAAUACUUAUUUUCCACCAUAAUUUGCAAAUAAAUUCAUUAAAAAUCAUACAAUGUGAUUUUCUGGAUUUUUUUUUCUCAAUUUGUCUGUCAUAGUUGACGUGUACCUAUGAUGAAAAUUACAGGCCUCUCUCAUCUUUUUAAGUGGGAGAACUUGCACAAUUGGUGGCUGACUAAAUACUUUUUUCCCCCACUGUAUUCUUUUUAAACACAAAACAAUUUAGGCAACAGGGAUCUUGAUCUUGAAUGUCUCUGCUGUAACCAAGAAGCUUGAUCUUGCCAUCCAGCCACUUAGAUAGCAAGUUAGCAAACCAAAUGCAUAGCUGGAUUCCUGAGCUGGAUAUCAUUUAUUUGGCAGAUCUUAGAUUUCUUAUAAUUAUACUUAACCUAAUGUUAUAAGCAGUGGCCUAGCACGCACCACUGCAGCCCCCGGUAUACAGUAUAAACGGUGUAUCGCCCAAGCCUCUCUGUAACCUCUCUCUCCUCUGUGCCCCCCCCCCCCCCCCCCCCCCCCCCCCCCUCUCCCCAUUUCACUCCACAGCACUAGAGUACCACAACCUCAACACAUCCACUGCCACAAAGCACUACUGGGUGAUCACAGGUAAUUUAAACUGUCAUUGAUUUUCAUUAACUACUAGUUAGUUAGUGCUUUGCUCAACUGUUGUGUGUUGUGUACAUUUGUGCGCCUGUGGUGUUUUUUCCCCCAACAUCUUUGAGCUCCUCCUUUCCUUCCAAAUCCUAUUGAUGCAUUAUUUAGAGCUUCCUGACAUCUGUUUCUGAGAGAUCACAUCAGAUCAGUGCUCAGUGUGAAGGAGGCCCUCUUUUGUGAGAGGACUCUAAAUGGCAUUUAGCCUCCUCCUGUACCUUUCUGCCACUGUCAUGAUGAGACUGCAGUGUGCCAAGGUCAGCCCAACUUUAAUAUGACUUACAGGUUUUAAAUUGAGGGAUGAAUGACCAGACCUCUCUUUCCUCCGCUGUCCCUACCUCACCUCACCAUCUGCUCUUUAUCCCUCUCUUCUCCUCUUACCUCUCUUUCUCCCCGUCCUCUCUCGCCCUCUCUCCCUAUCCAACUCUCCCUCUUUCCUCCUUCCCUCCUUACCUCCCUGCCUCCUCUCUGCGCUCCCUCUCUCCCCCUUCUCCCCUCACGUCCCCCUCCCCCUGUCUCCACCUCUCUCUCUCUCUCUCUCUCUCUCUCUCUCUGUCUCUCUCUCUCUGUGCUCCACUGCUCUGCAGUAAUUCAGGAUGUUGACAGAUCUUCUCUGGAAGGGAAUUAUCAGAGCUUCGCUAGUUUAAUGGAGCAGCGGCUGGCUGAGCUGUUUUUGGUGUCUGGGCGUCAGGGGAGCCAGGGGAGCCGCUUUAGAAGGGCCACCACUGUCGGGAGCUACACCGUCCAGGUGAGGGAGGCAGGCACACACGCACAUGCACACACACACACACACACACACACACACACACACACACACACACACACACACACACACACACACACACACACACACACAAGGGACUGCAUGCUCACUCACUGAUAAACAACUUCUGUGUUCAGUCAAACAACUAGAACAUUUUAUGUUCACUUGCCCCAGAGUUUCACUAUUUUAUGAAGAUUCACAGAAUUUCAAUUUCCCCUUUUAGGUUUUGUCACAGAAUACAUUUUUUGAUGAUCAGGUUUUAUGAGGGGGGAGAGAGCUCAUGUAACGGAUGUUGAUCUCUUCCAUUUAACACUCCCCCCUGCUUUAUGGCAAGCUUUAGUCUUUAAACACAGUCCUUGAUAAAACCAUUAUGAUGUAUUGUGGACAAUAAACAUUUGAUCUAUAAUAAAAUACGAUUAAUUCCACUGAUUCAUAUUAGUUCAAUGAGAGUGUUCCCUCAGUGCUGUUAUUUUUUAGUGUUUGCCCCUUCAGAUAACAUCAUUCUUGCUAUUGUAUUUUUGCAAUGGCUCUUUUAUGCCAUAUGACAGCACUGAAUCCAUCAAAUUGUGUUGUUCUUGUUUAGAUGGUUGGCAUUCGUCGACUCCCUGGGCCUAAGAACCCAGCCGAAAUGACUUACUAUGCCCAACUGAAUGGUGCCCCCAUAACUGGCACCACUGCAGCUAAGACCCUCAGUACCUUGGAUUCCCAAACCAUGGCCCUCACCCUGGGCUACUUUGUCCUGCUCCAAGCUGAUCGUAGGUUAUCUUUUACACAUCUUUACCAAACAGCCUGAACAUUAUUCUCUUACAUGAAGUGUACAGAACUAGCUUUUCAGUCACAAACAGAUGGAUGCACAUGAGUUAUUUCAGUAUAUUUUAGUUUUGCUCAGACUGAAGCACUUCUAUCUGUCUCAUAGCCUGUUGAAUAGCUAUGUGCCUCAAUCAUUUCAUAAUGAUUGCAAACAAAAAUACAUAUUGAUAGAUCGUGUGUGUGUGGGCCGUGUAUUUAUUUUUGUCUCCAUGGUUUCCGACAGCUGUGGUAAAGGUCCCGCCUGCCAAUCUGUGGAUCAUGGCUGUGCUGACGCCUGUUGCCCUGGUGAUGGUUGUUGUCUUCAUGGUCACCGCCAUCCUGUGCAAGAGGAACAGGGUCAUCUUCAAGACCAACGCUUUCAGGAGCUUCAAACCCCGCUCUAAGGUGAACGUUACAUCUCUUAACAUCUUCAUGUGCAGUUCAGAGAAACGUCACAUCUGGGCAGGUCUUAAUACUUCAUCUUGCAUUCGCUCAAUUACUUAUAGCCAAUGGUGAUGAUAGUGAUGGAUGCUCAAUGAGCAUGAUGGGGGCGAAAUAAGAAUCCAGAUGGUUAAUGUGCUGGAAUUGAAUCCUCAGCUAAAUGUCCCUUUCAUUGCCUUCUCCUUUAGACAUCCUAUCGGAGGGAGGGCAGUUAUCACCACCAGGUAUUGACUGAGUGUUAUUUAUGAAUAAAUGCAUGUUGACUGGGGGAAUCAAUGGAAGGGAUGGAGUGGGCUCACCAUGGCUCAUCGUCUACGAUCAGUGGGCCAUUUUAUACAUCCCUGUUACCUUCCAAUGCAUAGUAAUGAUUCUUAUCCACCAGGCUUCUACUCAUCCAGUCUCAUCUCAUACCAGCCAGUGGCUCCGUGGCACAAUCCAAGCGAUCAGUAAUUUUGUUACUGGAUUAAAUAUUGUGCCAAUUAGAUUAAUAGGGAUAAUGUGGAGGAGCAUAACCAAGAUCUGCCCCUAAACCUUUCAGAUUCGUACUCAACAUGCACUCAUGCAGCAGCAGAAAAAGUCAGCUGAUUUCAGUGUAAUUUCUGUAUGUCAUUCCAACAUAACUCCCUCCAGAAGAACAUAUGUAACAUCAUGGCAUAUUUUUGGAUGGGAAAAGAGAAGCGCUAGCUCCAGUUUAUGGUGUAGGACAAGGUCAGCGAUACACUUGAUUAGUGUAAAGUAAAAAUAGGAUGGUAGGAUAGGACUUCUCUCCCAAAACGGGGCCUAUUAGCGCCAUAUCUGUAUUCUGUAUUUUACAUGUGCGAGUGCAGUGCUUCAAGGUUUUGUUGAUUUGUGAAACUGUUUGUAGACAUUUCAUGUCACGGGGUUGUUAUGAAUGUGACAUUAAUUAUUAAAAGCGCCGCUAAAUCGGAGAUUCACGGCGCUGCGAGGCAGAUUUCUCUCUCUUUCCCUUUCUGAUCCAGAGAUGUGGCACGCAUGCACAAAUUAGAUAAAUGUUCUUAUAAUUACUUAGUUUAUGAAUAGUUUGUGGCGAUAUGACAAAAGGACAUUAGUGGUAAAUGCGUUGAGUUAAGCUCUUUGGCUCCACUACACUGCACAUAUUUGCAGUCUGUUGCAGUGGAAUGUGUUGGUGUCCAAACGUUCUGGGAAUGAAGACAGAAUACCAAGCAGAGCAUAACCCACUAGGGAGAUAGUGGACUUCUUGAACCACUAGUCCAGCACAUAAUUAACCAUCAAAGUGGGACAACAACGCAAAGCUUCAAAUCAAUGGCAUGGCUUCAGUCUGCAUGUGUGUUUCUGCAUUGAUCAUUCAAUAUGUGAGUGUAUUUCAUUGCUCUCCAAAUACAGUAUGUGGUACAGUCCAUCACGUGGCUUUAUUUUGACAGUUUGUGCAAUGAAAAGAAAAUCAUAUCAAUCAUAAUUUAGUUGCUCAGAGUGGUUUUACCAUGAGGUCGCUUUACAUAAAGUCCCUUGGGGGUUUUAUCAAACCUCUCCCUCUCCAUCAGUAUCCCAAAGGAGCCCAAGUGAGAACACAGAAUCCAUCUUUGUCAAAUACAUCACAGAGUAGCCUUGUGCAGAGUCUCAGAUCAACUCCAUGUCUUUAUCAAACUGGGCAGUUGAAAGAUGAAAGGAGACCAUUUAUAAAGUCAACCGCAUCAAGUGGACAGAGAGGUCUGCCUGCUGCCAGUGGACAGAGAGGUCUGCCUGCUGCCAGUGGACAGAGAGGUCUGCCUGCUGCCAGUGGACAGAGAGGUCUGCCUGCUGCCGGUGGACAGAGAGGUCUGCCUGCUGCCGGUGGACAGAGAGGUCUGCCUGCUGCCAGUGGACAGAGAGGUCUGCCUGCUGCCAGUGAAAUAUAUCUCUGUUGAGCUCAGCCUUCAAGGUUCAUCUGUAGAAACAUCCCCCCUAACUGUGAAUGUCCAAUAUGAUGAAGCCAUACUGUCUUUAUACAUUAUCUCAGCCAGACUCACACUGUCGUGAAAUAUCACUAACCUCAGGAUGAGGUACAGAUGUCUGCACAAACAGUGUAUCGAUUUAUCUCAAAACCAGGUGUGAUGAUAGUGCAAGACUCUUUAAUUAUUAAAGCUGCGUGAGGUUCUUUUCUCCCUUCCUAUCACAUGCACUCAAGUAGAAAUACAUUGACCAUCAUGUAUUUACAUAUUUAGAGUUUUCAAAAAUAGCAUAAAAAAAUAGAAUUUGAAAACAAAUGGGUCUGCACAUUCUGUUCCUUUUGCUGUUUUGCAAAGCAGAGAGGCUUCAUGAAAUUAGAGUAAUUUGGUUAUACAAAGAAACAGCCUAGGUAUAAUAUACAGUUGAAGUCUGAAGUUUACAUACACCUUAGCCAAAUACAUUUAAACUCAGUUUUUCACAAUUCCUGACAUUUAAUCCAAGUAAAAAUUCCCCGUCUAAGGUCAGUUAGGAUCAUCACUUUAUUUUAAGAAUGUGAAAUGCCAGAAUAAUAGUAGAGAUAAUUAUUUAUUUCAGCUUUUAUUUCUUUCAUCACAUUCCCAGUGGGUCAGAAGUUUACAUAAACUCAAUUAGUAUUUGGUAGCAUUGCCUUUAAAUUGUUUAACUUGGGUCAAACAUUUCGGGUAGCCUUCCACAAGCUUCCCACAAUAAGUUGGGUGAAUUUUGGCCCGUUCCUCCUGACAGAGCUGGUGUAACUGAAUCAGGUUUGUAGGCCUCCUUGCUCGCACACGCUUUUUCAGUUCUGCCCACACAUUUUCUAUAGGAUUGAGAUCAGGGCUUUGUGAUGGCCACUUCAAUACCUUGACUUUGUUGUCCUUAAGCCAUUUUGCCACAACUUUGGAAGUAUGCUUGGGGUCAUUGUCCAUUUGGAAGACCCAUUUGCGACCAAGCUUUAACUUCCUGACUGAUGUCUUGAGAUGUUGCUUCAAUAUAUCCACAUAAUUUUCAUUCCUCAUGAUGCCAUCUAUUUUGUGAAGUGCACCAGUCCCCCCUGAUGCUGCCAACCCCGUGCUUCACGGUUGGGAUGGUGUUCUUUAUUUUGCAAGCGUCCUCCUUUUUCCUCCAAACAUAAAGAUGGUCAUUAUGGCCAAACAGUUGUAUUUGUGUUUCAUCAGACCAGAGGACAUUUCUCCAAAAAGUACGAUCUUUGUCCCCAUGUGCAGUUGCAAACCGUAGUCUGUCUUUUUUAUGGCGGUUUUGGAGCAGUGGCUUCUUCCUUGCUGAGCGGCCUUUCAGGUUAUGUCGAUAUAGGACUUGUUUUACUGUGGAUAUAGAUAAUUUUGUACCUGUUUCCUCCAGCAUCUUCACAAGGUCCUUUGCUGUUGUUCUGGGAUUGAUGUGCACUUUUCGCACUAAAGUACGUUAAUCUCUAGGAGACAGAACGCGUCUCCUUCCUGAGCGGUAUGACGGCUGCGUGGUCCCAUGGUGUUUACACUUGCGUACUAUUGUUUGUACAGAUGAACGUGGUACCUUGAUGCAUUUGGAAAUUGCCCAAGGAUGAAACAGACUUGUGGAGGUCUACAAUUUUUUUCUGAGGUCUUGGCUGAUUUCUUUUGAUUUUCCCAUGAUGUCAAGCAAAGAGGCACUGAGUUUGAAGCUAGGCCUUGAAAUACAUCCGCAGGUACACCUCCAAUUGACUCAAAUGAUGUCAAUUAGCCUAUCAGAAGCUUCUAAAGCCAUUACAUACUUUUCUGGAGUUUUCCAAGCUGUUUAAAGGCACAGUCAACUUAGUGUAUGUAAACUUCUGACCCACUGGAAUUGUGAUACAGUGAAUUAUAAGUGAAAUAAUCUGUCUGUAAACAUUUGUUGGAAAAAUUAUGUCCUUUAUUAUGUCCUAACCGACUUGCCAAAUCUAUAGUUUGUUAACAAGACAUUUGUGGAGUGGUUGAAAAACUAGUUCUAAUGACUCCAACCUAAGUGUAUUUAAACUGCCGACUUCAACUAUAAAUCAUAAACCAAUUUAAUUGUCCAUUUCUUUCUGCCAAUAUAUCCCAACUUCAAAGGUGCCAUUAGACAUUUCGUUUAAAAAUUUAGUAGAACCCCAUUCUGUCUUUACUUGCUGACUGAGAGAAAUCAGAGCUCACCGAGCCGACUUUGCUCAUUUACCUGUAAAUUAAAUGUCAAUCUCCUAAGGCACUCCUUUACUUUACCCUUUUGUAAACCCUCUCUGUCCCAGCAUGUGCAGGGAUUUGACUAUGCCAAGAAGCACAUGGGCCAUCAGCAAGGUGAGGAGACCAUCUCUGUUACCAAGGAGACGCUGGUUCUGGGCCUCCCGGUGAGAGAUGCCCCGUUGUCAUUGGACAGGAAGGUGCACCAGGAUGGGACCGCCUCUAAAAGACCCCCUUCUGCUGACUUCAUCCACAAAGGGUAAGAAGAACACUGAAUUAAAUUGAAACAGAAUGAUAGGAUCUCUAUGAAGAAGAAUCCCUGUUUACUAUAGAUUACCAGAACACAUUUGGAUUUGUUUGUUGCAAUACUUUACGUCCAAAAAUAUGACAGUCUUGGACAGAUUGCAUAGAAAUCUGCUUAAAUCUGCUCAUGUUGACUGGCUUACAGUUUGCCUGGGUGUUGCCAAUUGCAAGAAUCGUAGCCGUCUAUCACUCGGAAAAGGCAAUAGAAAACAAAAAUGGUAUUACAAAACAUGUGAUUCCUGAAUGUGUUAUUGCCGUGCCACAAAAUGAAUAGAGCCUCCUCUCUUCCCUCUAGACGGUGUUUAGACAGGCAGCCCAAUUCUGAUAUUUUUUCCCACUAAUUGGUCUUUUGACCAAUCACACCAGAUGUUUUCACAUCAGAUCUUUGUCAUAGCUGAUCUGAUUGGUCAAAAGACCUGUUAGUGAAAAGAAGAUCAUAAUUGGUCUACCUGUCUAAACGCAGCCAAAGCCAAGCUUGAGCUGCUGUAUUGAGCCAUCUUUCCUUUGAAUUUCCAAUGCAUAAAAAUGCUCAUUCUAACACGCUGGAAGAAAUGUACAGACUACCAAAGGCCUGAUUUUAUUUACUGACCCAACCCAAAACAUCAGUCAUUGUCAGCUGUCAAACAGUUCUCCCCUAUCUUUGGCUGAUUUAGACCCACUUGGGCUUUUUAGUGACAUAUUUACGGCCGCCAUGCUGGAGGUGUGACACGAGUCUGCUGCAAUGAUUAGUGGGCAUUGAAGGCACUGCAGUGCAGACCUGGGUUCAAAUGGUAUUGUAAAUCUUUCAAAUGCUUUGAGUAUUUGCUUUGCUCUAGCCUGCCUGGAGUAUCAGAUGAGCGGGGUUUGUAAUUUUUGGACUAUUCUAUUGAUUAAUUAAGCCAGGCAAGCUCAAUCAAACACUGAUAAAGUAUUGAAAAUGAUUUAAAAUAGUAUCUGAACCCAGGUCUGCUGCAGCGGCAGCUGCUGUUCCAGUCACCCUUUGGAUGGACCCCAGGGCUCAUUCAGACUGGGAUUAGCAAGGCUUCACAAGGCUACAAACACAUCUCCUCUGCUGCUGUCAUUGGAAUUCUGCAGUGUGAUGAUUAAAGAAUAAAACGCCUUUGAAAGGGUGCUGAGAAUUAUAACUGGGAAGACAAACAAGCGGUAAACACAUACUGGUGUAUAGUGAAUGGAGGCUGAACACUGGGCAUGGAAACGUGAGUGAGCUACACAGCCUGGAGAGAUGCUUCCAGGGCCAUGUUUGAUUCAGUGUUUUUCUGGCCUCACGUUGACAGGAAUACACACAUACUUAUCUGUCUCCUCUCUCUCUCUAGAGAAGGGCUCUCUCGAUCUAUGUCAUCGAGAGACAUCGAGAUAGAGUAGAUAUCGCUUUCUCUAUCUCCUAUAUCCUCCUUCAUCUCUCUCCUAUCUAUAUCUAUCUCUCUACUCUAUCGCUAUCUCUCUCUCUCUCUCUCUCCCUCUCGCUCUCUCUCUAUCUCUCUCGCUCUCUCUCCUCUCUCCCUCUCUCCCUCUCUCUCUCUCUCUUUCUAUUUCCCUCUCUCUCCCAGUCCGUCUAUUUAUCACGAGUAGAACGGUACCUCAUUAUAGAAGCCUCAUUAAUGCGAUUGCGAAUGCGGAUUCCAUUUUGCAUUUCUGAAUGCAUAACACCCUUAGAAAUAUCUGAUUCAUACAUUCUGAAGAGUGAUGUCUAUAUGAGCUGACAUGAUGGGUGUGCUUGUUCCCAGCUGUCUUAUCUGACAUCACAUCAGACUGGUGUGUUAGUCACUUGUGUCUGCCUGUUGGUCACUCCUGAAAAGAUACCAUGGGAGAUAUUUUGACAUUAAGAUAGAAGCACCAACUGUUCUAGCCUGUGGCCUUAGCUAGAACACCACCUGUAGAGGUGUCUAUGUUGCGCACUGCAGUCAGUCUUCACAGGUUAGAACUGUGGCCAGGGGGCUGUGUGAUAGCAGCAUUAACCUUGGAUAAUACUGUAUGCAUAGAGCUUACCACUGCCUGCCUCUGUUACUAUGGUUACCCGCAGCAGGUUGCCAAGCGAGGAUGGCUCAGUUACGAGCAACGAAUCCGGGAAACUCAACACGGGCAAGAGCUUGGCGGCACGGAGGGCUGCGACACAGAAGAGCACCAAGGAGGAUUUGCUGCACAAGAGGAACGGUGAGAGAGAGGAGAGAGGCCAUGCUCUGGCUACUGUAGGCUACUGCUGCUUGUCCACACAAUGUUAUGUCAUCACACAGGCUUGAGACACUGUAGGACCAAUAGAGAGAGCUAAUGAAUUGUAAAAAAAACACAUGUAUGCAUGGACGCAUGCAGUGCAGGCAUGCACACACACACAUGCCGCAGGCACUCACACACUCAUGCGCGCUCACACUCUCACACACACACACACACACACACACACACACACACACACACACACACACACACACACACACACACACACACACACAGGGAGGCACACACACAGGGAGGCACACACACACACACACGCCCCAUGUCUUACUGCAGUAACUCAGGCAGUGUGAGUGGGGAUAACAGCAAUAUCAGUCAUAGCUGGGCUAGCUAGUGGUGUGCUAAAUAGCAAUGUCCUCUCACCCCGGCAGAUCCCUACGAGGACCACACUGGCUCACUGCGACUCAUCACCAUCAAGCCAAUGGCGGCCCAGCCCACAUACUCCUACCCAUCCUCCUCCAGUCACAGCCAGGACUCAGUCAUCCUCAAUGGGGAGGUGAGACCCCGCCCCCAGCCUGCUGGGAAUGAUGUCAUAAAGAGUCUGCCAGCCUGUCCCAAUUUGCUCCCUUCCCUUUGGCCCCAACCCUUUAUAUGCAGAUCUGAAGAUAGUUCUGGAUAGGUGCAGUAAAAGCACUGUAUAAUUGGAGCUACUGUAUAUUGCACUUGGACUACAGAUCUGCAAACAUCAAUGGGUUAGGGCCAAGGGGAAGUAAGAAUGGAAUUGAAACCGGUUGUUUCUUUAUAGGGAAGAGUGACCUCACCAAGUUUACUCAUAAUACCAAGCAAUGCCAAACUAGAAUCAAUAUACAAAUGUAAUGGAUACAAAUUACGUCCACAGGCAAACAUGGGGCUCAAGCAGAAGUCCGACAUCGAACGCUACAGGAACAAACUACGGCAGAAAGCCAAGAGAAAAGGCUACUAUGAUUUUCCCAUCACAGACAAUGGCAUCCACCCAUUCAACCCCAGAGAGAGGCACAGUAGGCAUGAGAUGGCCAAGGAGCCAAUGACUGCUGAGGAGAAGAGGGCCUCCUAUGCAGGAUGCCACAUCAGGAGGUGGGGGAGCAUCCACAUUUUAUAAUAUGCCAAGAGACAUACAGUAUGCUAUACAGGAAGCAUUCAUUUCAUGUUUGAGUGGGUGUUCAGCGUUUACAGAUCCACUGAUUUAAAAGUUACUUUUCAAAAUGCCUGUGCUGCAGCACCGUUACUUUUACCGGUCGAGAGUAUCUGCUGGCGUCACGCUUGACUGCCGCUUCUCCCUGGUACCUGUUGAGUAACUGUCUGAAAUAUUCCUGUAAGGGUACAGUUAUAAGUCAAUUUUGUAUAUCCAGGUUUUCAGUUUAAACCUGUGCUGCAGCGCAGAUAAAUAAUUUAAUCAACCCAACUGUAGAUGUUGCAGAUUACAUUUUUUACUGAUGAUGAUGAUGAUGAUGGCUAUAAUAAUGAUGACGGCGACUAUGAUAUCCCUACUUUAGGCACCCCCCAUCCAGAGAGCCAGCCUACUGGAGCCGUCAGUCCCUGGCCGCCAGCAGCCCUAGCCCCGUGGAGACAGAGAUGGACUUGCUGGUCCUCAGGGAGAGGUCCAGAAGAGGCAUCCGCAACAGCGGUUAUGACGUGAGUCCUCACUGAAUAUCAGUGCAGUAUGUCGUCCAUUGUAAGACAUCCAUGAGAUAUAAAUGUCCUUAAAUGUACGCCGUACUGCUGAAGUAACUGCAGGGUGAAUGUCCUAAAAUGAACACCAUACUACUGGAGUCACUGCAGGGGCAAAGGUGGUUGAGCCUACAGAAGUUCUGAUACUGGGGUGCAAUAACCUAGAGAAAACCCUAGGACAAAGCCAGCCCCAUUAUACCUACCUCUCCCAAUAUUCACUUUAAGCUCCAUGGCUCAAAUGAAGAGGAUUGCCUUCAGCCGAACUUUAAAACCUCCAUCUAGCGCAGCGGUGGAGCCCGUUCUUUAUGCUGCCUGAACCUUGCUGAAUGUCAAUGACAGUGAAUAUGAUUUAUAGCCUGUUCGGUGAUUUAGAUGGGAAAUUCAAUACCAGUUAAUAGCUCUGAAUGUUCUGAGCUUUUAAAUUGCAAAUGGAUAACCCUGUAUGUGUGCGAUUCGGUGUGUGUGUGUGUGUAUUCGUCUUCCUGUGAGUCAGGCGGAGCCAGAGCCGUUCCAGGAGACCAAUGUGGACCGACUGAUGAGCUCCCUGGGUUAUGGUGGAAGCCAUCAGGUCAAAGGUCUCUCGGACUCGUCCACUCUGAGCUCUCAGCCCUCCAUCGACGAGGUCCGGCAGCAGAUGCAUAUCCUGCUGGGUAAUGCCUUUGGACUGGCUGCAGACGAGCCUCCGCCUGGCAGCCACCACCACCACCACCACCCUCACCCCCACCUCCACAGUUCCUACAAUCCCAGCCACACCAGCGCCUAUUCCGAGGGGGUGACCAGCGCUCCUGGCACCAUGAACCACCCAUGCGGAGGAGGCCACCAGAGCGGGUCUGCCUACGGGCCGGAAAUCCACCAGUGUAGCUUACCCAAGCCUGUGAGAGCAUUGAUUGACUGUGCAAUGUAAAAAUCCUGAAUGCUAUUGUAGAAAAUCAACAUGUGUCGAGUGAGUAGCUGUAUAGUACAUCUGUUUAAACACCCACACCCUGAUUUAACUAUGUUGUGUGUGUGUGUUGUGCUUGGUGCUGCAGGGCUUCAGGUUCGCUCAGCUUCCUGACAUGGGCGUUGGACCCCCACCUCCUCUGAUACCUUCAAGACCCGGACCACCUACCGGGACCUCAAUGAGGCGGUACGAACCCCCCUCCUCCUCCUCCCUUCAACACUCCUCUAGCUGUCAAAAAGACAGUAAACGGAUGAACAUAACAUGCAUUCUAAUAUAUUCACAUCCUCACAAUGCUAAACAUGCUGUCGUGACUUUAAUUAUUGUGAUGGCUAUUAUUUAUCGAAUAAUUACCUACUAUGUUGAAUUGUUACUAGAUUAAAUUAAUGAUUUAACAAUGAAGUCAUUAAGAAUUUGGGGCACCACGGGAAAAGUCGUUUAACAAGUUACCGUUUCCCGAAUUAACUCUAAAGAUAUCUAGAUAUCUCUUAUCAUUUAACAGUCAUUUAUUAAUAAUUUACCUCAUAUAAGUCUCAUUCUGAAAGUCGUAGACUCUUUAAGUCUGCACGAACCCGGGUCUUACUGAUCAUUCCGUACCACACAAAUUAAUUUAAUUAUUUAUUUUCGAACUAAUAAAAAUUAUAACACAAGAUACAAACACGUACACGGUAUAGGUAGGGAUUAUAAACGUAAUACAAUGAAAACUGGUCCCUAGCGGACUAACACAAUAUGACACUUGUUACAAAAGAUGGCGAGUUAAAGAGAGAGAAAAAACACUUGGAUACACAUGGACCUACCCUCACAGUAAUCCUAAUACUUUGCCCCGAACUGUCACCCGUUUGGGAAGAAAAGUAAUGUAUGUAUUUACAUGUUGGAGGUCUUCGUCAUGUAUCUCUGUUGGACCCAGGCCUUCAUGGGAAGGGUUCGAUUGGGCCUUCUCUUUUGGAUGGCCUUUCAGAUGUAAGGCUCAGAUUGUCCACAAGAGGUCACAAUGUCCUUCUUCUUAGUUGUAUGUUUACUUUCACUCAUCUGGAAGUGGUCUUCUGAGGAUGGCUAAUCAGCCGUGUCGAUGAUCCCCUGUGGGGUGAUGAGAGCAGUGUAGUAGACGAUGGUUUGAAGAGAGUAACAGGAUGGUCCCACUUAAAUUCACCUUCUUAGAUACAGUACUUAGAACAGCUACUCAGCCAUAACAUUGAUUGUUAGUGGAGGCAACUUUGUCGUCUUCACCUCGUGUUGAUUUUCAGGGUCGGGACCAAUAUGGACAAAAGCUGCAGCUUGAGGUCUGUCUAGUUUGAUCUGAUCAUUCUUAUCUCAAUAUUUUAUGCACUCUGGUAAAGAGGGGCGUUUCCAUCAUAAUGACACGCUCUCUGAGCUCCCUCGGACGUGGCUAGUUAUGAGGCAAAAAUAUUAUCAUCACUAUGAUUUUGUUAGAAAGCUGAAAUCACAUUCCUAUCUUCACGAAAACAUUGUCUUCCUCCUUGAUAUUUUCUACCCAAGGUAAAGGAAGUAAACCUGAUAUACACAGUGUAAACGCUCUUCAAGUCACAAUGUUUUCAUUAUAACACCUUUAUACCAUUUUUAAUGACAUCACAAAAUAUGCAUUAAUUUUCCAUAUUCCAUUUCUCAUCAUUCCCAACAUUUGGAUGUUGAAAUAUUUUGUCCUAAUGUUCAUUGUUGGAUGUUGAAGUUUUUGUGCGGCAAAAAGUAUCUGAAACAAAGGCAUUCCUUUCACCAUACUAGAGUGCCAGAGAUAGAUUCUCCUCCUCUCUAAUUUAUGGCAGAAUUAAGGUGUCAAGACCGGAACAGCCCCCUGUGGGUAAGAGUGUCUGGUUGUUGUCAGCCAUUUGCCAAGCUGAUGUGAGGCCUUUGAUCCUCACCCAGGGAGAGUCAUGACAAUGCUCAACCUACUACUUUUUUGAAGGUCUACUUGUAACUAGUGUACUGUAUCCUUGUAGUGCAUCCUUGUUUUUUCUACUGCUUAAAGGGAAACCAAAAAAAAUAAUAGACUUCAUAUUCAUCAUCUCCAGCACCACCCCAACAUCAACAUAUGUGAAAAUGGUGCGUUUCUAUGUUUUGUAGUAAAAAAGAUAGAGGAAGAUAAGGGUUUCCAAUUACAUCAUCGGUGUGCAUUGUGUGAUUUUGACCAAUUGUGAGUAGGCAUUGCCUACUAAUUGUCUACUAAUCGGUUGAUGAUGUCAUUGGAAACACUUGUCUUUAUCUUUUUUACUACAAAACAUAGAAAUGCGCCAUUUUCACAUAAUAUGUUGGUGUUGAUGUUGGGAUGGUGCUGGAGAUGAUGAAUAGUUAAGAAGAAAAAUUGUGAAGUUUCCCUUUAACAUAUGGCUUUGGAUGUUAUACUGUUAACACACUGUGUUGUAAUUCUACUCUGAGCUGUAUUUUUUUCUGAAUCAUUUAAAGCAAACGGCAUCUUCAUUUGAAUGCCGUGCUGCAGAUAAUUGACUGUUAACGGGUUUGCGUGUGAGGUAUACAGGCCAACCAGUGGUGAGACUUAUGAAUUACACGGCUUUUGUCUUUGUUUCCCCUUCUGCAGUUCUACACCCGAUGUCAGCCUGAAGCCUCGUGUUUCCGAGGCCACUGAGUUGCAGAGUCAGCACAAUGGUGCCCCCUAUCUGCCUAUCAACAGAGCGCCCUUCCCUGCUGUUACUGUUGACCAGUCCGUGACCAGCUACUCAGGUCAGAAUAAUACAUAUUAUAUAUACAGUGAGGGGAAAAAGGUAUUUGAUCCCCUGCUGAUUUUGUACGUUUGCCCACUGACAAAGACAUUAUCAGUCUAUAAUCUUAAUGGUAGGUUUAUUUGAACAGUGAGAGACAGAAUAACAACAACAAAAUCCAGAAAAACGCAUGUCAGAAAUGUUAUGAAUUGAUUUGCAUUUAAUGUGGGAAAUAAGUAUUUGACCCCUCUGCAAAACAUGAUUUAGUACUUGGUGGCAAAACCCUUGUUGGCAAUCACAGAGGUCAGACGUUUCUUGUAGUUGGCCACCAGGUUUGCACACAUCUCAGGAGGGAUUUUGUCCCACUCCUCUUUGCAGAUCUUCUCCAAGUCAUUAAGUUUUCGAGGCUGACGUUUGGCAACUCAAACCUUCAGCUCCCUCCACAGAAUUUCUAUGGGAUUAAGGUCUGGAGACUGGCUAGGCCACUCCAGGACCUUAAUGUGCUUCUUCUUGAGCCACUCCUUUGUUGCCUUGGCCGUGUGUUUUGGGUCAUUGUCAUGCUGGAAUAUCCAUCCACGACCCAUUAACAAUGCCCUGGCUGAGGGAAGGAGGUUCUCACCCAAGAUUUGACAGUACAUGGCCCUGUCCAUCGUCCCUUUGAUGCAGUGAAGUUGUCCUGUCCCCUUAGCAGAAAAACACCCCCAAAGCAUAAUGUUUCCACCUCCAUGUUUGAUGGUGGGGAUGGUGUUCUUGGGGUCAUAGGCAGCAUUCCUCCUCCUCCAAACAUGGCGAGUUGAGUUGAUGCCAAAGAGCUCGAUUUUGGUCUCAUCUGACCACAACACUUUGACCCAGUUCUCCUCUGAACCAUUCAGAUGUUCAUUGGCAAACUUCAGACGGGCCUCUAUAUGUGCUUUCUUGAGCAGGGGGACCUUGCGGUCGCUGCAGCAUUUCAGUCCUUCACGGCGUAGUGUGUAACCAAUUGUUUUCUUGGUAACUAUGGUCCCAGCUGCCUUGAGAUCAUUGACAAUAUCCUCCUGUGUAGUUCUGGGCUGAUUCCUCACCAUUCUCAUGAUCAUUGCAACUCCACGAGGUGAGAUCUUGCUAGGAGCCCCAGGCUGAGGGAGAUUGACAGUUAUUUUGUGUUUCUUCCAUUUGCGAAUAUUCGCACCAACUGUUGUCACCUUCUCACCAAGCUACUUGGCGAUGGUCUUGUAGCCCAUUCCAGCCUUGUGUAGGUCUACAAUCUUGUUCCUGACAUCCUAGGAGAGCUCUUUGGUCUUGGCCAUGGUGGAGAGUUUGGAAUCUGAUUGAUUGAUUUAUUCUGUGGACAGGUGUCUUUUAUACAGGUAACAAACUGAGAUUAGGAGCACUCCCUUUAAGAGUGUGCUCCUAAUCUCAGCUCGUUACCUGUAUAAAAGACACCUGGGAGCCAGAAAUCUUUCUGAUUGAGAGGGGGUCAAAUACUUAUUUCCCUCAUUAAAAUGCAAAUCAAUUUAUAACAUUUCUGACAUGCGUUUUUCUGGAUUUUGUUGUUGUUAUUCUGUCUCUCACUGUUCAAAUAAACCUACCAUUAAAAUUAUAGACUGAUCAUUUCUUUGUCAGUGGGCAAACAUACAAAAUCAGCAGGGGAUCAAAUACUUUUUUCCCUCACUGUAUAUAUAAAUAUAUAUACUACCAGUCAAAAGUUUGGACACACCUACUCAUUCAAUGGUUUUUCUUUAUUUGUACAAUGUUUUACAUUGUAGAAUAAUAUUGAAGACAUCAAAACUAUGAAAUAACACAUAUGGAAUCAUGUAGUAACCAAAUCAAAAUAUAUUUUAGAUAAAUAUACUUCAAAUAGCCACCCUUGAUGACAGCUUUUCACACUAUUGGCAUUAUCUCAACCAGCUUCAUGAGGUAGUCACCUGGAAUGCAUUUCAAUUAACAGGUUUGCCUUCUUAAAAGUGAAUUUGUGGAAUUUAUUUCCUUCUUAAUGCAUUUCAGCCAACCAGUUGUGUUGUGACAAGGUAGGGGGGGAGGGGGUAUAUAGAAGAUAGCCCUGUUUGGUAAAAGACCAAGUCCAUAUUAUGGCAAGAACAGCUCAAAUAAGAAAAGAGAAAUGACAGUCCAUCAUUGCUUAAAGAUAUGAAGGUCAGUCAAUAUGGAACAUUUCAAGAACUUUGCAGUCGCAAAAACCUUCAAGCGCUAUGAUCAAACUGUCUCUCAUGAGGACCGCCACAGGAAUGGAAGACCCAGAGUUACCUCUGCUGCAGAGGAUAAGUUCAUUAGAGUUACCAGCCUCAGAAAUUGCAGCCCAAAUAAAUGCUUCACAGAGUUCAAGUCACAGACACAUCUCAACAUCAACUGCUCAGAGGGGACUGUGUGAAUCAAGUCUUCAUGGUCGAUUUGCUGCAAAGAAAUCACUACUAAAUGACACCAAUAAGAAGAAGAGACCAGCUUGGGCCAAGAAACACGAGCAAUGGACAUUAGACAGGUGGAAAUGUGUCCUUUGGUCUGGAGUCCAAAUUGGAGAUUUAUGGUUCCAACCGUCGUGGCUUGUGAGAUGGUGUUGGUGAACGGAUGAUCUCUGCAUGUGUAGUUCCCACCGUAAAGCAUGGAGGAGGAGGUGUUAUGGUGUGGGGGUGCUUUGCUGGUGACACUGUCUGUGAUUUAUUUAGAAUUCAAGGCACACUUAACCAGUAUGGCUACCACAGCGUUCUGCAGCAAUACGCCAUCCCAUCUGGUUUGGGCUUAGUGGGACUAUCAUUUGUUUUUCAACAGGACAAUAACCCAACACACCUCCAGGCUGUGUAAGGGCUAUUUUACCAAGAAGGAGAGUGAUGGAGUGCUGCAUCAGAUGACCUGGCCUCCACAAUCCCCCGACCUCAACCCAAUUGAGAUGGUUUGGGAUGAGUCGGAUGGCAGAGUGAAGGAAAAGCAGCCAACAAGUGCUAAGCAUAGGUGGGAACUCCUUCAAGACUUUUGGAAAAGCAUUCCAGGUGAAGCUGGUUGAGAGAAUGCCAAGAGUGUGCAAAGCUGUCAUCAAGGCAAAGGCUGUCUAUUUGAAGAAUCUCAAAUAUAAAAUAUAUUUUGAUUUGUUUAACACUUUUUGGGUUACUACAUGAUUCCAUAUGUGUUAUUUAAUAAUUUUGCUGUCUUCACUAUUAUUCUAUAACGUCGAAAAUAGUAAAAAUAAAGAAAAACCCUGGAAUGGGUAGGUGUGUCCAAACUUUUGACUGGUACUGUAUAAUAUACAUAAGGCAUAUGUGUAUCUUUCUCUGUCAAAUUGCUUCAGUUCACUCAUUCAAGCCUCUGAUUGGCUAAACACUGCUUAUCUCUAUAGGAAACCCAAUUACAGCGGUCUACGCCAUAUCAGCCAACCGCCCUGGUUACUCAGACUACUUUGUCAUGCCUCCACCAUCGUCGUAUGGAAGCCCAUCCUGGAUGUCCUACCCACCAGAACCCGAGGACAUCCCACUCCAGUGGAAUGAUACUGUAAAUACUGUUAGUAUCUGAACCAGACAAUAUCCUCUGAUAUUGUGUCUAUAUAACUCUGAUGGUUUGAUCUGGAUUUCUCCUCACUAUUAGUCCCUGUUUAAAUCAGUCUCUUCUCUUUGCAGAAUCCGUGUCAUUUAGAAACUAUUUGUUGAGAUUACAUGAUCUUUGGAGCUGAGUGGAGACAGCAUAUAUUUUGGUGGGCACACACACACUUCGUAACACAACACAGCAUUUUCCGAUCAAAUGUUCAGGGUUGUUGUGGCUCAUUUCCGCUCAUUCCAUUUCCUUCUCUUUUGUCUUCCAGGUGUCCUUUUGGUUAGGCAGUAGGGCCUCCCUCCCUCACAUUGAGUAGCCCUGGACUCGAGCAUCCCGCCCUGCCCUUCACCCCUGGCCCUGGCUACUGGCCCCCUGGCCUGCCUCUUCAGCCCAGCCAGGCCCUCUCUGCUCUGCUGUCUGAGCCCCAGGUCUCCCAGACCUCACAGCCUCCAUGCUCCAUGUCAACUGCCACCAGCUAG